CGUUUUUUCACCCGCCACCGUUUCCAGCUUCACACCCUUCUGCUCGCCUGCGUGUUAAUUUUGACGUCGGUCCAGAUUUAGCUGCUGUUGAGCUCCUGUGACUUUCACUGCACCGCGGGAUCAAUCAAGAUGGAGAAUGUAGAAGCCACAUCUGAGCUCCAGUCCAGACUGUCGUCCCUGUCUGUUUCAUCUUUCUCCGGCAUCGCGUCCAAAACGUGUGACUCCAGCCCGCUGGACAGGCUUCAAAGCACAGAUCUUUCUCAACCCGUAAUACACCCUGACAACCAGAGCCAAAUGGAUGACAACAGCAAUACCAAAGGAUUACAACAACCCACCAAGGAUGAGCCAGCUGCAGAAGGAGAGUCAGUGGAAAGCAGCACAGCUGAAAAAUCCGCUAAUCCUGGAGAGACAAAAGCCCUACCACCGUUGCAGCCAGCCAACACAUGGACCACUGUGGCCCUGAAAGAGCUGAAGGCUAAGCUGCGUCAAGAGAAGGACAGCAUGGUCACUGUUUACCGUGGAGACAUUAUGACUGUCCAUGUACCUACCAUCCCUGAGGCCAAACGCGUGUGCUGGGAGUUUGCUACAGAUGGCUAUGACAUCGGGUUUGGGGUUUACUUUGACUGGUCGCCUGUCACCACCCGAGCCAUAACGGUGCACAUCAGUGAAUCCAGUGAUGAUGAGGAUGAAGAUGAUGAGCUUGAAGCUGGACCUGUGGUUCCUGGAGACGUGGAGAAAGGGUCUAAAACGGCAGCCAACUCUAAUUUGGGAGAGAUCCUUCCUGUGUACCGUCAGGACAGUCACCUGGCUGUUCAAGGGGGUAGUCACAGUUUCCCAGGAGAAGGCACAUACCUCCUAAAGUUCGACAACUCCUACUCCUUAUGGCGGAAUAAGACUCUGUACUACAGAGUGUACUACAGUGCCUGAGGAACCAAGAGCACAUCUUGAGAUGAAUGUUUUGAUAAUAUAUAUUUUUGAUCAAUAUAUAGAGAUAUAUUUACAACACUGUAUACAUAUCAUUCCUGCUAUUAAUUCAUACACUGAUUUUUAUUUUGAUGCAAAUUUUAUUGUAUAGAUGGUAAGCCAAACUCAGCCAAUCAGAUUUGUCCUAGUCUAUAUGAAAGGUUUUUAAACUUGAGUAGAAUCGUAUAGCUUGGUCAGUGUGCAAAUGUGUUGUGUGUAUUUUUCAAAUGUGUGGAGAAUUUGUCAAGUGCCCAUAUACAUGUUUUGUAUUUAUAUUGUCUUGUCGUACCACAACACACAACUGUGGCCUCAGUGAUCAGGUAAUACAGUGGUUCAGGGAAAGAUGCUUAAGCAAACGAAUUAAUUGCUCAGUACUAUAUGGUGAAUAAAGAAUGAAAUCAUGAAAGCUUGGAUGUGUGAUGUGGCACUGGCCACUACUGACUCAGGUGAUGAAUACUAAAGGAUAUUUUUCAUAUUUAUAUUCCAAUCACAGACAAAACACAGCCACCGCUGAUCCUGCUUUGAUUUACCUGAUGUACUGACAUGUUUAUUGUUGUAGCCUCAAGGUACCUUUUCUGUACACUGUCUAAUCUAAUCUAAUCUAAUUUCUGGCUAAUCCAAAUACCAGUUGGGUUGCAGUGAUGCAAAUGCAGACCCUCAGAUUUAUGUAUUCAGACUUUCACUUUUUUUUCUUUUCUUUUUUCUUUAAACUGCAUAUGCAACAUCCAUUAACACAGUCACCAGGGAUACUGGCCACAGCCUGCCUUUUUAUGACUUAAGUGCAAACUAUUUCCUGUCACGAAAAGUCAAGUUGUAAUAUAACUAAUUCAAUAUUUACAUGGCCCACCAGGUACCAUUUGGUGGAGGGGGGGGUUGGGGUGGUUUGGCGGCUGUUUGCUUUCUGAAUAGUUAAGCGAUUGUAAAGGUUGACGUGCUAUUAAACUAGUAUAGAAACAUCCUAUGUGCUGCUUUCUCUAUGUCAGUUAAAUGAACAAUGUUCUACACAAAGCUCUGUUGACAAUCGUAAUGUUGUGCUGUAUUUUUCUGUUAAUUUUUUGUGCUGCUUGUCCAUGAGUACCAAAACACAAGUGUUGACUUGAGGGAGAUAAUUGGGCAAUUCAGCAGCUCGAGAGAGUUUCUGUUCAUACACCUGCACUCAGUGUAUUCGCACAUGUCUUAUACAUACUACUGCCAUUGUGCUUUUUUGUCUACCAUGUUGUUACUGUUAGUAAUGUAUAUCAUUGGUCUUCUGCUUUUACUCUACUGCUUCUGCUUUUUAUUCAAUAAACAUUUGUACGUGGUAA